UUCAUCUCAUCAGAAUUAGUUGAGUGAUACAGAUCACUUGAGAAUGUCUCCUAAAUCGUGUUUCUCCAUUAUGGAUCAUUAAUGUUACCCUCAAUUAAGUGAUCUUCUAACACGAAAUUCUCUUUUCCGUGAUCCCAGUGGGAAGGUGGUUAUUGAGAUUUUCCAGAACAAAUAUAAACACUGGGAACUUGUAAAAUUCUUCAGGGCAAUUUACUCCUGAGCGAAAAAAAAAACUCUUUCAAAAAAAUUAUGGAAAAAUCUCGUCCUGUAAGAAAUCGAAGGCGAGCUUGGCCACCUGGAGAUAUCCAUCGACCUGUUAAGCGACUGUUCACUCCAGAAAUUAAGAGACUUCUCAAGGAUUGGCUCAUCCGAAGGCGAGAUAACCCAUAUCCAACGCGUCAAGAAAAAACAGAAAUUUCUAUUCAAACUGGACUAACCUACACCCAAAUUUGUAACUGGUUCGCAAAUUGGCGAAGAAAACUGAAAAACUCUGGAAAAGAACCAGCUAAAAAAACUUGGGGACACUUGAUAAAGAAUUACAACAGCAAUGCCAAAGGAAAUGUUGAACAAUUUAGCAUUUGUUCAAGCGAUAGCAUCUGGGGAGAUGAUUCCCCAAGAGAUGAUUCUCCCUUUGAUAUGAACCGGCUCUUCAGCCAGGAUCAAUUCGACCAGAUGCCUGAAGGAAAUUCCGAGGAAAAUGGUGCAUCCUCAAGUCGGAGUUUUAAUCAGCAAAACGGUGGGAACUAUUCGGAGCGACUGAAUGUCUGGGGAUCUUUUGUCUCGGAAGAAAUCUCAUCCGGAACAAAAGUUAAGUACAAAAAUCAUAUUAUGGAAAAGUAUCUGCAAGAUGUGGAAUCUGAACAGAACAAACUAGUCAUGCCACAAUUGUCCAAAUGGCUCGAAAGUGCUGCUAAUUUCACUCCCAACAAGAACAACUAUAUCGAUUGGCAUCCAGGAAUUGGAAGGGCUGACAAAAAAGCCAGAAAUCACGACAACAACAAUACCUUUGACCUACGAAUGCAUCAAAAAGAAGAACUUGAUGCUGCAGAAGCCCUAACGAGCCUAGCUGGAAAUUUUCGCAAUCGAAAAUUCUUGCAGACUAAAUAAUCAUAUCCUUUGCCUUGUGAUUGUAGGAUUUUUUUAGUGAUUUCUUUUUUUGAUUUUCUUGUAAUUUUUUGCUUGAGAAGUUUGCUUGUGUCUCCAGCAAAUGCAUUCCAGUGAUAUUGCUUGAACUUGGACAAUAAUUGUGCGUUUGGUUUGAUGAAAUGCCUGAUUCUUAUUAUUAGGAAAAUGUUAUACUUUAGAAAAAGUGAAUAAAUAAAUAUAAUUGAAGAAAUACAAA